GUCAAUGUGUUUGUACUUGGCAAGUGUGCUGUUUCAAUUGUUCGUCUACUGUUGGUACGGGAACGAAGUCAUCCUGAAGAGUACGGAGAUAAAAGAUGCUAUUUUCCAAAGUAAUUGGGGUUGUCUGAAAAGUUCAACUAAAAGGAAUUUUAUCAUUGUCAUGAUUCAAGCUCAGCGAGCAAUUGAAUUUACCAGUGGAUAUGUUAUUACCUUGUCACUCGAAUCUUAUGUAGCUGUGGGUAUCAAUCAAGUUUAACGAGCGCUUUAAAACUGUUUGA